AUGCGGCUCCGCGCGGGGCUGUGCCCGGGCCUGAGCGCCGAGGCCGUGCGGCUGCUGCGCGCCUCCGGCGUCCGGACAGUGGUGGACCUCGUCUCGUCAGAUCUGGAGGAAACUGCUCGGAAGUGUUCCUUGUCCUACAAGGCCUUAGUGGCGAUCAGGCGCGUGUUGCUGGCACAGUUCUCCGCCUUCCCAGUCAGCGGGGCUGAUCUCUACGAAGAGCUAAAGACCACCACGGCCAUCCUGUCUACCGGCAUCCAAAGCCUGGACAAGCUUCUUGACUCUGGCUUGUAUACUGGGGAACUGACGGAGCUUGUGGGGGCCCCCGGCACCGGCAAGACACAGGUGUGCCUCAGCAUAGCCGCCUGCGCCGCCCAGUUCCUCAAGCAGAGUGUCCUGUACGUCGACUCCACUGGCGGCGUCACGGCCGCCCGCCUGCUGCAGCUGCUUGAACUCAAGACGGAGGACAAGCAAGAGCAGGCAGAGGCACUGCAGCGAAUCCAGGUGGUCCGUGUCUUCGAUGCCUACAGAUUGCUGGAUGUUUUGCAGGAGUACCGGAUCAGUGUGGCCCAGCAGAUAACGUGUGCCUCUCCGCCAGCAAAGGUGGUGCUUGUCGACUCAAUCGCCGCUGUUGUCUGCCCUCUGCUGGGACGCCGGCAGCCCGACGGCAUGGCCCUCAUGAUGCAGGUGGCCUGGGAGCUGAAGGCCAUCGCCAGAGAGUGUGGCGUCGCUGUUGUGCUGACCAAUCAUGUGACCAGGGACACCAGCAAUGGCUCCCUCAAACCAGCGCUGGGCCGCUCCUGGAGUUUUGUGCCCAGUACCCGGGUGCUGUUGAAGGACAGCAAAGACUCCUCUGGGAAGGUCACAGCUGGUCGGAUCGCCUCUUUGGUGAAAAGUCCUCGCCAGUCCUGAUUCUCCUGGGCUGAAUACCCUUGUCUUGCCUACUUGGAAAAGCCUCUGAGGCUGGACUUGGCAGCACCCGCCUUGGAUGCUCUUUCCGGGCCGGAUGCGGCCCCCAAGCUGCAAGGGCGACUUCACAGCUGGUGCUGGGAGGAACAAGGUGCUGUCAUCCUGCAAGGUGGUGCUUUCAGUUCAUCUUGUGAGCUGGUUGGUGGAAAACGUGCUUUCCCAAUGCCUCCAGCUUUUCCUGUGGCCCUCUAGGCAGCAUGUAGGGGGGGCCAGGAUCCCAUCCUUCGAGCAUUAUAUUUCAUAAAGAGUGAUGAAGAAAUAUUGCAAAGAAGUAAAAGGAUGCAGUUGUUCCGUAAAAGUGCUUCGGAGAGUCUUGGAUUCAGGUUUGCCACAAACUUGUCCAGUGAAGCCAUGAAGACGGGCUCUAAUGCAGCUUUAUGCCAUAUUCUCAAAGAUGCACUUUGAACCCCAUGUAUGGAGGUGCCAGGCAGCAGUCUCUUGAUCCGCAGCAGGUGUUGACCAGUGGCUUGGGAAGUUGCAAGUUCGGCCAACCAGUGCAGGCCUGAAGCAGCUCCACACAAGACGGUUGCCUUCAAAGUAGACAUGGGAAACUUUCGCUUCAGGCACAGCCCAGCAACAAACCAUGGUUAACUGCCGGGUUGUUCCCCCUUAAACAACUCAGUCUGGGGUUUGAUGCCCGUGGAGGGGAUGUUUGUGGGUUGCUGAUAAAAAGUGCUCAGCCCA